CGUCUGCUCAGUGAGUCCCAGCCCUGCAGGCUGCGCGAAGAAGACACAGCGAGCGGGGCGCAGCGAAAGGAGGCGAGCGGCGUCGGAGAGCGCGGCGGCGUUCAUGGUCUUUCUGUGGAUGAGCUCUCUGCUACAGUCCGCCCUUUUCAGAGAUGAGAUUCUGGAGCAGCUGAAAAUGGCAAACUCUGAGACUUCGUAUGACCAGCUGGUCCACCAGGUGGAGGCGCUAAGGAAGGAGAACUCGCACCUGCGCCGGGAACUGGAAGACAACACCCACCACCUGACCAAGCUGGAGACAGAGACGUCAGACAUGAAGGAGGUCUUAAAGCAACUGCAGGGCAAACUGGAGCAGGAGGCUCGGAGCCUGGCGUCUUCGGGCAGGGCUGAUGUGCUGGAGCAGCUGAAAGAGCUGCACAUGGACCUGACAGCUUACUAUGAGCUCAAAUGCCAGCCUCACAACCUGCGGUGCAACAAAGGAGCCACCAUUUCAAGUGAGUCCCUGUUGAGGGAUGUGACAUUCAGAGGAGGAGGAGGAGAAGGAGAAGGCAGCCCCCCAUACCCCGCGAGUAGGCAGCCCUCUUCAGUGUUGGGAGAAGGUGGUGCCCUGCAUGCCGGGACCCCUCAGGUGCUAGAAGGCACUGCACACAAGAGCGGGACUUCAGGAGAGGACUGCGUGACAGCCCAGCAUCUCGAAGAGCUGGAAAAGGAGAGGAUUCUGCUUCUCCGGGAGAUUGAGAAGGAGGAGAAGGAGCGGCACUGGUACUACAGUCAGCUGCAGGGCCUGUCAAGGAGACUCGCCGAGCUGCCACACAUUGACACGUUCUCCAUGCAGAUGGACCUGAUCAGACAGCAGCUCGAGUUUGAGGCCAAUCAGCUGCGCUCGGUGAUGGAGGAACGCUUUGGCACCAGUGAUGAGAUGGUUCAGCGUACUCAGAUCCGAGCUGCUCGGCUGGAGCAACUGGAGAAGGAGAUGCAGGACGUGCAGGAGAAGAUGCAGCACUCAGAUGGACAGGCCUUUGGAAGUACCAAGCUGCUUGCACCCGAGUUGGAGAACACAUCAAAUAAUCCCACUGGGCCAGAAGUGACCAGCGAAUCGGGUAACAAGGUGGAGAUGGUCUUCUGGCUGUUGUCCAUGUUGGCCACACGGGACCGGGAGGAAAUGUCACGCACCCUCUUGGCCAUGUCCAGCUCCCAGGAGAGCUGCCUGGCGAUGCGCAAAUCUGGCUGUAUGCCCCUGCUGGUGCAGAUCCUGCAUGAUGGCCCGGCCGGAGGGGAGGCGGCUGGGAGGUGCACUCGAGAGUCCCGCACUCGGGCGAGUGCGGCCCUCCAUAACAUCGUUUACUCUCAGCCAGAUGAAGGCCAGGCCCGGAGAGAGAUGAGGGUCCUGCACAUUCUUGAGCAGAUCCGGGCGCACUGUGAGAGUGGAUGGGACUGGCUGGAGGGUCAGCACAAGGGCACUACAGACCCCCCAGACCCGAUUGAGCCCCAGAUCUGCCAGGCCAUGUGUGCCAUCAUGAAGCUGUCCUUUGAGGAGGAAUAUCGAAGGGCCAUGAACGAGCUGGGUGGCCUGCAGGCGGUGGCUGAACUCCUAGAGCUGGACCACGAGAUGCACAGCCUGAACAACGACCCCCUGAAUGUGGCUCUGCGCCGCUAUGCUGGCAUGGCCCUCACCAACCUCACCUUUGGAGACGUGGUAAACAAGGCCACUUUGUGCUCAAAGAAAAGCUGCCUGCAAGCAGUUGUGGCCCAGCUGGCUUCAGACAGUGAAGAGCUUCAUCAGGUCGUCUCCAGCAUACUGAGGAACCUGUCAUGGCGAGCAGAUAUCAACAGUAAAAAGAUUCUACGGGACGUGGGCUGUGUCAGUGGACUGAUGACCUGCGUGCUAAGAGCCAGCAAGGAGUCAACGCUGAAGAGCCUCCUCAGUGCUCUCUGGAACCUCUCUGCUCACAGCACCGAAAACAAAGUCGCCAUUUGCUCAGUGGAGGGGGCGCUGGCCUUUUUGGUCAGCACUUUGACGUACAAAUGCCAGAGUAACUCGCUGGCCAUCAUCGAGAGCGGUGGAGGAAUCCUGCGUAAUGUCUCCAGCCUGGUGGCCACCCGUGAAGAUUAUCGCCAAAUCCUCAGAGAUCACAACUGCCUUCAGACGUUACUUCAGCACCUCAGGUCCCACAGCCUCACCAUUGUUAGCAACGCCUGUGGUACUUUGUGGAACCUCUCGGCACGAAGCCCCCAAGAUCAAGAGCUUCUGUGGGACAUGGGAGCAGUCAGCAUGCUGCGCAACCUGAUUAACUCAAAGCACAAAAUGAUUGCAAUGGGCAGUGCGGCUGCUCUGCGCAAUCUCCUCACCAACCGGCCGCUCAAGUACAAAGACGCCGCGGUCAUCUCCCCAGGGUCCUGUAUGCCCUCACUCUACAUGAGAAAGCAGAAAGCUCUGGAAGCUGAGCUUGAUGCCAAAAACCUAAGCGAGACUUUCGACACCAUAGACAAGCAGCAGAGCCCCAAACUCACCAGCAUCAACAAACCCCUGCGGCACAUUGAGAAUCUGGCCAAGGACUACGCCUCUGACUCCGGUUGCUUUGAUGAUGACGAAGCCCCCAACAUCUCUUCUGGUUUGGACACAGGUGGCUUCUCGGUGCUGUCUAUGUACAUGAACUCUUCCAACUUCCUGCAGAUGCAACCUCGUAGGAAAGAAGGGGAGUUUGAGAGAGACCUUGACUCCAGACCAGAGGAAGGGAAAAAGCUUCAGCCCUCUGAUGAUGAGGUGUCUCAGGCGGCCGAGCAGUUGGCUAAGAAGAUCACAAAAACGGUGGCCAAGAUUGAUAAGCUGGUAGAGGACAUCUCUACACUGAACACAUCAUCCGAGGAUAGCUUCAGCUUGAGUUCAGAGGACCACUUCAUGGACUGGCACUAUGGCUCGGAUGACCUUCACGAAGCUCGAGCCAAAUCAUGCUCUCCAUGUCGCUUGUCGGACACCAGCAGUUUUGCCCGCAGGGAGCGACUCAGCAAAGCCCAUGCCCUGCUGCGCCUGAAGACCGCCUAUACCAGCCUGUCCACAGACAGUCUGAACAGUGGCAGCACAAGUGAUGGGUAUUCCGGCGGCAAGGAACAGGUCAGACCCUCAGCUAGAUCUGCCGCCAUCCAGAGGCGACCCAACAGGUUGGAGCUGAAGGUGGCUCAGCAGGGUUACACGGAUAAAGAACCUUGUCCAUCUCGAGUGGAACAAGUCCAAGCAGAAGAACAACAAAGGGCAACAGAAAGGAAAGACAGGAAGUCUUUGUCUAAUCAGUCCAGUACAGACUUAGAGGAAAAAUGCCAAGAACCUCCACCGCCCACGCCGGCGACGGACACAUCAAAAAUCUCUUCUGAGGCUAGCGUACCUACCAUCAAGCUGUCUCCAUCUUACCAGUACGUCCCCUUGAUACAGAGCAUGUCCAAGUAUUCCGUUGCUCGACAGCCAGUCAGUCCACAAGCUCCACCAGGAGGGCGGCGUCAUGCCUGGCUACCCACUGUCACCAACAGCACAAUCUUAAGUAAGCUCUCUCCAAUGGGUUCCAUUCAUGGUACACCUCUAACUCAGAUGGAGACUUUGCAGAAGUACUCUGUAGAAAAUACUCCCAUCUGCUUUUCACGUUGUAGCUCCCUGUCUUCUCUGUCUUCUGGAGACGGGGCAAUUGACGGGCAGAGUCAAAGUGACAAUGAGUUGGACAGUGAUUCUUCCCUGGAGAUCAUAGAAGUGGAGGAAUGUGAAGCUGACAAGACAGAGGACAACCAUCUGGAGACUCCCGGAGAGGAAAGUUUCAGUGAUAAUCAGCAGAACCAAUUUAAAGGUAGCAGCAACUCCUCCACAUCACCGGCCUCCCAGCCCAUCGAAAUCCCUUCAUCUACAAAACGUGAGAAAGUCUUCUUAAGAGAGACUUCACCAGGCCGACAGGACGACCUGACUCCAUCGAGUUCUUCCGAGAAUUACAUUCAUGAAACGCCACUGAUGAUGAGUCGUUGCAGCUCAGUCAGUUCGCUGGGGAGUUUCGAAUCGCCAUCCAUCGCUAGUUCUGUCCAAAGCGAUCCCUGCAGCGAGAUGAUCAGUGGCACCAUUAGCCCCAGUGACCUCCCCGACAGCCCCGGGCAAACCAUGCCCCCCAGUCGCAGCAAGACGCCCUGCUGCAUGGACACCAGUGGGCCCGAGAGGGAAAGCGCUGGUCAGUGGGAAUGUAAUUUUCGGAAAUUUCUGGAGAUUGCCGAUUUCAAGGAACGUUUUAACUUCCCUCCCGAUUUGGACACAAUGAUUUACUUUACUGUGGAGAAGCCAACCGAGAACUUUUCAUGCGCUUCUAGCCUUAGUGCCUUGCCGCUCCAUGAACAUUACAUCCAGAAGGAUGUUGAGCUGAAGCUGAUGCCGCUCUUCCACGAGAAAGACAGUCUAAACUUUGGCCUUGAGAACAGGGAUAGUGAGGAAGCUGGAGAAGGACGGGCCAUUUUUGGACUUGAAAAGUCAGCAGAACGAGGCGGCGAGGGCAAUUCCGAUGAUGACAUCGAAAUCCUGAAGGAAUGCAUUAACUCGGCGAUGCCCUCAAAGUUCAAGAAGGUCAAGACUUCGCUCAUGUCCAGUUUAUCAGCCCAAGUCCUCCACAACCAAGCCCGCAAGUCCAUGCAAAUGCCCGUUUACAUGCUUCUGCCCACCCACACCAUGCAAGUCUCCGGAGCAAAGAACGGCAGGCCAGAAAAAGAAUUUUUCCAAGACGACUCCUCGUUUACGGAUUCAGCCGACUUAACUCCCGUCAACUUCUCUAGUGCGGCAUCCUUGAGUGACGAGACACUGCACUACUCGGUUAAGGAUGACUUCAAGUCCAAGCGGAAAGGAAGACAAGACUUCCUGUUGCCAGGGCAGAAAGGUAUGCAAGAAGCCCUCUCCUACCCUCACUUCCUCAAAAGUGCCAAUGCGGCUGGCUCUACCGAUGUGGUAGCUCAGCAGGGGAAGAUGGUCGGUAGAAAGGGGAACGCCACUCGAGGAACGUAUCCCCAGGCUAAAGAUGGUCCCAGUGUGUCUUCCCUGAGCAGAGACCGUUCUCCCGCACAAUCCUCCCAGGCUCAAACUCAAGCUCAACCCAAGGAUUUGCACAAGUUGAACUUGCCAAUUAUCAAACCGAAAAGCACCCUGGUGGAGAAGCAACACAACGACCAGAGCAAUCUGGCCUUUCCAUCGUUUUGUCACACCACACCGACAGAGGAGGCAGUAUACUGCUUCUACGAUACCGAGUUGAUGGGUCCUGAAAUCUCCGAAAGCAGUAAGAAGCCAACCAAAGAGGCAAGCCGAGUGGUGCCAACUAAGCCUGGUGCGUGUGUUAAAACUCAGGGCUUCACUUGGCACAAAGGUGUUUCUGGAAGGGUGCCACAUACAAACAUUAUGGACGAGACUCCUCCCUGCUAUUCCCUCAGCUCUUCCUUAAGUUCCCUCAGCGAUAUGGAUCUGGAUGAACAACAUGGAAAAAUCCCUCAGAUAUGGAGUAAAUACAAGCAUCAGCAUCAGGGGGCUCCAAAGGUGCCAACGGGCCGCACCCAAAAUGAUGAUGAAGAAGACAGCUCUCUGAGCUCAGUCAGUCUGGACUCAGAAGAUGACCUUCUGCACAAGUGUAUCACCUCAGCCAUGCCCAAGCAGAACUGGCUGCAUUUGGGCAGGAGAAAGAAAAAUGGGCGGAAGGAGAAGUCGGGAAAGACAUCAGGGAACAUUCUAGAGGACUGGGGCUCACCCAAAGACAACAGUGGUGAGGGUGAAUCGGACAAAGACUCGGAUCUUAACAGCAUGGAAUGGCAGGCCAUCCAGGAAGGUGCCAACUCGGUCGUGACCAGACUUAAGGCUGCCUCACAUGGCAAAGAACCCGACUCUGACGUGGACUCAGUCCUCUCCUUUAUAUCUGGACUGUCCAUGGGCUCCACGCUACAGAUGACACGUGAAAAAAGAGAGGGGAGGCAGGAAGAGAAAGAAAGAAAGGAACGCAGUAAAAUCUUGAAAAAGACGGAAAGCAGAGACUCCCGCAAGCCGCUAGAUUUUGUCCAGCGCAAGCCCGUACCGAACCUACCCGUAGUGUUCAGGGGUAGAACCGUGAUUUAUAUGCCCAACAUGAAGAAGACCGCCGAUGCUUCACCAAGAACUGACCCCAAGAAAACCUCACCCAAGACAGAGACCCCCAUGAAAAAUCCAAGCCUGGCCCAGCAAAGGUCACGAAGCCUCCACCGACUUGGGCAACCCCAUGAGAAGAGUGAGUUAAGUUUGCCAAAACGCAGUUCCACUCCUCCUGCCAGGAUGUCGAAAGUCAGCUCCUCUGGGUCCUCCCGAAAUUCCACCCCGUCCAGGCAUCCGCAAAAAAAACUGACCUCGCCCUCGCCCUCGCUGGAGAGUAAGCCAAGUAAAACCACGCCAAGCCCAGUGGAGCGAAAAACAAACGGCACGGCCCCUUGUUCCUCUCCCAAGACGACUGCUGGCACAAAGUCUCCAGCUCACAAGAAAACCCAGAAAUCUCCGGUCCGCAUCCCGUUUAUGCAGGUCAAGCAGAGCUCGCAAACCAAAGUGAUUUCCCCCUUUGCAGGCAACCAGACGGGCUGCGGCCCCAAGCAGACCCCCCAGGUGACUGCCAAAAGGGGGCUCAAUGCCAGCAGGGUGGAGCUAGUCCGAAUGUCCACGGCCCGUGACUCGGAGCGCUCUGGUUUCCUCCGACAGCUGACAUUCAUCAAGGAGUCUCCAAGCCUAAUACGGCAAAGAGCCGCGAUGCCGUCUUCAAGGUCCGUUCCCACUUCCCAGUGUGCAUCGCCACGCAAAACCCAAAGUGGCACGCCAGCGGUGUUUCUUUGCUCCUCACGGUGCCAGGAUCUUAAACCCUUGAAAACGGCACAUCAAAGUAAAGCAAAGGAAGCAGAGAUUCCUAGGGGCAUGUCGGCUGAAAGGAACUCGGCCGUAACCCACCCGGCGAGGAGAACCAACUCGGAGAGUCCUUCGAGGAUCAUCCAGAAGAAACCCACUGGAACCUGGCAGAAGGACAAGCAGACCUUUAAGAGGCACUCUUCAUCGCCUCACAUUGACACGCUGAAGAGAGCCAGCAGCCCCUGCUCUGUGGUGUCCUCCUCCUCUUCAUCAGAAUCCAGCGGCAAGAUGAAAAGCAUGCGGGACGGCACCCCGGCUGGAAAAAUCCAGAAACCGCCACAGGUCUACUCUCAUCCCAGUAGCAAAGUGACCUGGAGAAGGAUCAAAGACGAGGACGUGCCCCACAUUCUAAAAAGCACUCUCCCGUCGACAGCUUUGCCUCUGGCACCUUCUCCCACUGAUGGGCACAGGCAGCUGCCCCCGACUAUCCAGAAGCACGCCACCUUCGUACACCCCCCGAGGAAGACGAGCGAUGCCACGGUGCAAACGGAGGAUUUCUCCACCACACGGAUCAACUCGAGCACCUCGCCCAACAUCGAGAGGGUGCCGAUAUUCGGGGAGACGGCGGCAAAGUGCUCCCUGUACAGGAAGAUCAGCGUGGCACGCGGUGACGGCUUGCUGGUACCCGAUGUCAACUCGGGGGACAAGGCUGUUUCCUUUAAAGGCUGCUCCGGGGAGGCUCCAGCAGCUGGCAUGGGCUUGUUCCGGCAAAGUUCUCCCAGCAGGGCUGUCCGAGUCACCCCCUUCAACUACAUUCCCAGCCCCAUGGCGUGCGGCUCUCAGAAUGCCCAAGCGCAAGCACUGACCCUCAACGAGAAACCAGCGGAGAAACUGGAAGCCUAAGUGGAUUACCAAACCCGAGGAAACAAAAGCCAAUGCACGCGUGUGCCCAUCUCACCCCUUUGCGGGGGUUUAACUGUGGACUUCAGUAGAAUCCGUUGCCUCUGGAAGGAUGACUUUCGGGGGCCUAGUCCUCCACGAAGCCAUUUCAAGUGAACCGUUCCCGAUUUUUAGGCUGACUGCUGGUGCUCCCCUAUGGCCGAGACAGACAUUUCAACGGGAAGGGUGUGCCAGGGCAACGAGAGCCGACUGAACGUCUUGUUACUUAACAGUUUCAGGUGCACCUUUUUGUGCGUUUUUUUUUAUCGCUUGUAAAUAUAAACUUUCCCGAUGAACGGUUCCGUCGGGUCCAUUUACUGUCGAAAUCAGAAGCAUUCCGCUUUGGAUACUGAACUGGGAAUGCUUUAGAAACUCGCCAAACGAUCAAAAGUGUUGCUCGAGUGACACCUCCUUCCUGCCACGAUGACGUGGGACCGCCAAAAGGCAGCACUGCGAAAGGGCCUCAGCUACCAAUCACAACGCACCAUUUCCACUUGACUUGAACCCACAAGCCCCAUGUAGCGGGGAGGCCUUCUGACUGUUAUCUCGGCUUCACCUGCUCACUCAAGUACUCGACCCCUCUUGUGUGUGUCCCCAGGUUUCCGGUGGGAAGGGACAAUUUAAUAAAAAAAAAAUGCAAAUGACUCAAAGACAUUGGGGUGCUAGAAGUGCUGCUGCCUCUUCGGACCACCAGGAUCCAAUCUGAUUCCUGCUAGCUGAGCUCUCUUUAGGGGACGAUAAUCGCUGCUCUUGUGCAUCGUAGUACAAAAUUAUAUAAUGGAGCGCGAUAAUGGCCACUGGGCAGAGUCUGCCACUCUUUAUUUGAUAUGGCACCUUCUGUAGCAGACGCCUUGCCACGGUGAGCCCAUUGGUAGGAUCUGAACUGAGUGUCGGCCAAUCGGCCAUACCCCUGGCACAACAUAUCCAUGUCACAUUUUCUCUUAUUUGUUGAGAUCACGCAUUUUGUUACUUGCUCCUCCUGGUGGUCUGUAGGAUAAAGCGGCAGGUCUACAGUGGGCAACGUAUGUUCUUCAUCUGGUCUAGAAAUUUCUUUCUCUGUUGUCAUGUAAGUAGAGUACACGGUGUGCAUCCACGAUUAUGUAACAAGUUGUACCGACUCACUAGAUGUGUAACGUAUCGACUUUUAUUCACCAAAUGCAUCUCUUUUGCUUUAAAUUCAACUAUGCUACAACAGA